UGAGAGUUUAAUUUCAUACAGCUAAACAAGAUGGUGUGAAGUUCACAUGAAGGUUUCCCUACCUUCUUCAUAGUUCAGAGUCCUAUCACAUCUGGAUGCUUGGACCAUGCCCCUCCUGUGAAGAAAAAAGAUUGAUUAGGCAUAUGCCGUGACACAACGCUUGCAAUUGUUGAAGUGGCAGGCCAGUAUAAAUUGCAGCUGAGAGAGAAAGAAAGGUACCACAUUGCAAUUUCCAGCCUGCAAAUUGAGUGUGGUUGAAAGUUUGGCUAACAUAUAUGUGAUUAGCAAGGUUAGCAAUCCAGCGCCAAAUUUUUCCUUUGAUUUCCAUAGUCUCCAAAUUCAAAAAAUCUAGCCUUGGUCAUAAAAGAAGAGCUCUAAUAUUUGUUUUGUAUUUAGUGUUAUAUUGUGCAAUGAUUGAAUCCAUAGAAGAUACCUGUAGUAUUUCGUAGGAUAAUCUGCAGUACCAUACGAAAAAGCUGGAAAUGAUAUAAUGUGUUGGCAAAGGUUCUAUAGGUUGUCAAAAUUAGUUGGCUGGUGAUGGCUACCUGAUGGUAGGGAAUGGCUAAUGUGAACUUCAGGGUGUCUUUCAGAAAAGUUGAUGGGAUGUCUGACUCAUUUGGUCGUGGUCAAAGUGAAACAUCCCACAAUUUUUGUAGCUUUCAGUUCAUCUAGUAGCUAAACAAGCUGCUGUGAAGUUCACAUGAGGGAUUCCCUACCUUCUUCAGAGUACAGAGUCCUAUCACCUCUGGAUGCUUGGAGAAUGUCCCUCCAGUAAAGAAAAAGAUUGAAAAAGUCGGCACUUUUGCUUAAAUAAUUAGUCCUCCCUGGAAGUGGUAGGUCAUGAUGUUUCAGGGAAUUCAGAAUCGGUGCAUCAAUCAUUUAUUAUAGAAGAUUAGGUUGAAGACAAAACCAUGUGAUCCUUCUUGAGUAUCACUACACCUGAUCCAAACCAUUCACUAGCUUGCAUUAGAUUAUUUCCACUGUACCUUUAGUGUUGUGUAUAUAUACACACAUAAACUUUUAGAUUUAAAAGCAUCACAUGUCCUUACAACCUCAAACAUCAAGAGCUCCUUUCUUUUGGAAGUCCUUACUGAUCUUUCUUCUGUUCAUUCAUACCAAAAUAUGGGUUUCCAUUUGCCGGCCAUUCUUCGUGCUAAGCAAAUUCUUCAGAGGUCUUCUUCUGCAAACCAAACAGCUUCCAUGGAUGUGCCAAAGGGCUACCUUGCAGUCUAUGUUGGAGAAAAGCAAAGGAAACGAUUUGUAAUUCCAGUAUCAUACUUGAACAAACCUUCAUUUCAAGAUUUAUUAAUCCAAGCUGAAGAAGAAUUUGGAUAUGAUCAUCCAAUGGGUGGUCUUACAAUUCCCUGCUGUGAAAACAUGUUCAUUGAUGUCAUUUCUUGCUUAAAUUGCUCAUGAGACUUGAACGCUGAACACACAAUUUUGUAGAGAGCGGAGUAGUAAGUGCAAUGUACACAAAGUAUUGGAAUUUAAUCAAUUAUUCUUUUAUUUCUUC